AUGACGAUCUCAACGAAGUAUAUAUUUGCCCUUUGCGUCCUCUUGCUGACCGUCUCGCUCUCCAGCGCCUACGAAGAUCCCCUCGUCCAGCUCGACUAUGGGCAGUUCCAGGGCAAAUAUGACUCUACGUAUAAUCUCUCAUACUUCCGCAAGAUCCCCUUUGCAGCGCCUCCAACGGGGGAGAACCGGUUUAGAGCCCCUCAGCCACCUCUAAGGAUCACACAUGGCGUCUAUGACACUGAUCAGGAUUUUGACAUGUGCCCGCAACGCACGGUCAAUGGCUCCGAAGACUGCCUCUACCUUGGCCUGUUCUCACGACCGUGGGAUGCUACAGUCGCUCCCUCGUCUGCUUCUAGACCAGUCCUGGUAGUCUUCUACGGUGGUGGCUUCAUCCAAGGCAGCGCUUCGUUUGCACUACCUCCGUCCUCAUAUCCAAUCCUGAACGUCACCGAGCUGAAUGACUAUGUGGUCAUCUACCCCAACUACCGGGUCAAUGCAUUUGGGUUUCUUCCAGGCAAGGCGAUCAAGCGCUCUCCAACGUCUGAUCUCAACCCCGGCCUCCUGGACCAGCAGUACGUCCUCAAGUGGGUGCAGAAAUACAUCCACCACUUCGGCGGCGACCCUCGCAACGUCACGAUCUGGGGCCAAUCCGCCGGCGCCGGCUCCGUGGUUGCUCAAGUUCUCGCCAACGGACGGGGCAAUCAACCCAAGCUCUUCGACAAGGCGCUCGCCAGCUCGCCCUUCUGGCCAAAGACCUACGCCUACGACGCCCCCGAAGCAGAAGCCAUCUACGACCAGCUUGUCACCCUCACCGGCUGCGCCAAUGCCACCGACUCCCUCGCCUGCCUGAAAUCCGUCGACGUCCAGACCAUCCGCGACGCAAACCUCAUCAUCAGCGCCAGCCACACCUACAACACAAGCUCCUACACCUGGGCCCCCGUCAUCGACGGCGAGUUCCUCCAAGAAUCCCUCACCACCGCCGUCGCCCGCCGCAAACUCAAAACUCACUUCGUCUUCGGCAUGUACAACGCCCACGAGGGCGAGAACUUCCUCCCCUCCGGCCUGGGCAAGACCGCCACAACCGCUGGGUUCAACUCCUCCGCUGCUAGCUUCCACACCUGGCUGACGGGCUUCCUGCCGGGUCUUCUGCCCCAGCACAUCGCCCUCCUCGAAUCAAAGUACUACCCGCCCACCGGCGAAACGGAGACAAUCGACCUGUACAACACGACGCUCGUCCGCGCGGGCCUGGUCUACAGGGAUCUUGUCCUCGCCUGUCCGGCGUACUGGCUUGCCUCGGCCGCGAGACGGAGGGGCUAUUUAGGUGAAUAUACGAUUUCGCCGGCUAAGCACGCGAGCGAUACCAUCUAUUGGAACCGAGUGAACCAGAUCCAGCAGACGGAUCCAUUGAUUUAUGACGGCUUCGCAGGCGCUUUUGGGAGUUUCUUCCAGACGGGCGAUCCGAAUGCGCAUAAGUUGACGAAUGCGUCGGAGAAGGGAGUGCCGGUUUUCAAGAAGACCGGGGAGGAGUGGGUGAUUGCUCCGGAUGGGUUUGCGACUGCGGAGGUGUCGUUUUUGAAGGAGAGGUGUGAUUUCUGGGAGUCGGUUGGGGAGCGGGUUCCUGUUUGA